GUUAAGGAUGUCGGACUGAGACAAAGGGGUCCGGGGGCAUUCCCGUUGGAGUGGAAUAACUGGAUGGGAAAGAUGGAAAGGGAGUUGCAAUGGUGGAAGGGCCAGCUAGCAGCAGAUAUCCAUCAAUCACUGCGCAUCAAGGAGCUGAAGUUACCGGCGUACCGGGCCCACUCACCCCAGAUUGGCAUGCGUCGGUACUUUGCGGACUUAUUGGCCAUCCUGAGUAAUCGCUACCAGCUGUGCCCCACGGCGCGUCACCUGGCAGUCUACCUGUUGGACCUGUUCAUGGACCACUACGAUGUGGCUGUCAAGCAGCUCUAUGUCAUCGCUCUGUCCUGUCUUCUGCUUGCCAGUAAGUUUGAGGAAAAGGAGGACCGGGUGCCCAAACUGGAACAACUCAACUCACUGGGCUUCAUGUGCAGCCUGAACCUAGUGCUCAACAAGAAGGAUCUGAUCAAGAUGGAGCUACUGUUGCUGGAGACCUUUGGUUGGAAUCUGUGCAUGCCCACGCCAGCCCACUUUAUUGACUACUACCUCCAUGCCUCAGUGCAGGAGGGUGAUCUCUACAAUGGUUGGCCCCUCUCUUCCCUCUCGAAGACCAAGGCUUUCAUGGACAAGUACACCCACUAUUUUCUGGAGGUCUCACUUCAAGAUCAUGCCUUCCUAAGUUUCCGGCCAUCUCAAGUUGCUGCAGCAUGUGUGGCUGCAUCUCGUAUUUGCCUCCAGAUUUCCCCUAGCUGGACCACAGCUCUCCACCUACUAACAGGUUACACCUGGGAUCACCUCACCCAGUGCAUUGAACUCAUGCUGCUUGCGCAUGACAACGAUGUUAAGGAGGCCAACAAAACCAAAUCCACCCCUCCACACCGGCCCUCCUCUCUCCAGUCUCAGCCCCAACCCAGUCACCUCUCCCCAGUUUCAGCCAUCCAGAGACCAUCCUCUUCCUCUUCCACCUCUACACCACAGCAGCUGCUCUUUCAGACAGACAGCUUCCCUCAUCUAUCUCAGCAUUCCCCCUCCUUGUCUCAGCUACAAGUAAUAGCUGAUUCCCAGGCUUUGGGGCCUGUGGUGAACAUGUCCCAGGACUUCAUCCAGAGCCACAGAAUGGGUUUGCUAACUGGAGCCUCCUCCUUGACCCCAGGGGGGGCAUUCCCGUCCUACCCAAGCCUGACCUCUGGUCUCCAACCUGGAGCCAGAGCGCUGCCACUCCAGGGCCCCAUUUCUGUACAGAUGGCCCUGGCUGCGGAGCCCCGCCACUGUCUAAGUAUGGCCUACAGUGGGGGCUACCUGGGGGCCCACCACACUUUCGCAGCUGGCUGCUUUGACAGGUGACGCCAGGAAAUGGAGAGGGAGGAUAAACACCAGCGGGAGUGCACUGCUAUUCUUCAUUCCCAUCUUCCUCCAACCCUCAGAACCGUC